UUAGAGUUUUACAAAAUAGUUACAACAAAUAAAUAAAGUUUUACAUUUUUCAAGUUUAAAAAAAAAUCAUUAAAAAAUGGGAAUUUUGGAGAAGAUCAGUGACAUUGAAAAGGAAAUUGCUAGAACCCAAAAAAAUAAAGCUACAGAAUACCAUUUGGGGUUACUAAAAGCAAAACUGGCAAAAUACAGGUCAGAACUACUAGAGCCUCCAAAAUCAGCAGGUGCAAAAGGUGAAGGCUUUGAUGUUAUGAAAUCUGGAGAUGCUCGUGUAGCCCUUAUUGGGUUUCCUUCUGUAGGAAAGUCAACUCUUCUUAAUGUCAUGACUGAUACAAAAAGUGAAUCUGCUUCAUAUGAGUUUACAACACUUACAUGUAUACCAGGAAUCAUUCCUUAUAAUGGCGCCAAUAUUCAAUUGCUUGAUUUGCCUGGCAUAAUAGAAGGAGCUUCUCAAGGUAAGGGACGAGGCAAACAAGUUAUUGCAGUUGCAAGAACAUCCGAUUUAGUGAUUAUAAUGCUUGAUGCAAGUAAAGGAGAAAUCCAAAAAACCCUUUUAGAAAAAGAGUUGGAAACAUGUGGAAUUCGCCUCAAUACAAAGCACCCAAACAUAUAUUUUAAGAUUAAAAAAGCCGGUGGUAUUGCUUUUAAUGCCACUGUUACUUUGACACACAUGAGUGAAAAGAUGGUGCAGCUCAUAUUACACGAAUAUAAAAUUUUUAAUGCUGAAGUUCUAUUUAGAGAAGAUGCAACUGCAGAUGAGUUUAUUGAUGUAAUUCAAGCAAAUCGAGUUUAUUUACCAUGUAUAUAUGUUUAUAACAAAAUUGACUGUGUAUCACUUGAAGAAGUUGAUCGCUUGGCAAGAGUAAAUCAUUCCGUUGUUAUAAGUUGUAACUAUAAGUUGAAUCUUGACUAUCUGUGUGAACAAAUAUGGGAACAUUUAGCUCUUCGUAGAAUUUAUACUAAAAGAAGAGGAGAGCCUCCAGAUUUUAGUGAAGCAAUUAUCAUGAGGAAAGGUGCGACUGUGGAGCAUGUGUGUCAUCGCAUUCAUCGUACUUUAGUUGAUCAAUUCAAAUAUGCUCUUGUUUGGGGAAGCAGCACAAAGUAUAGUCCUCAACGUGUAGGCCUAUCUCAUAUUCUUGAUGAUGAAGAUGUCAUUCAAGUGAUGAAGAAGUAGCAAAG